UACGCAGCGAUGACUACAUGUCUGGAGCAAUCGCCACAAGGGAGAGACACAGAGUGAGCGAGCCGAACUUCAGGAAGACAAGAAAAGUUUGGACGGAGCUCAGCUUUUUCCCUCGAAGUUGGGACAGAAGAACAAAAAAAAAAAAAAGGCUCUCAUUUGUUUUGAGGAGCCGAACGCUGCUACCUCCCAACCAUGAGUUCUCAGACGAGCUUUGGCAGCAGCAUGCUGUUCCAGACUAUAAAUGAUGACCUCAAAGCGUCGCUGGCUACAGCGGAUGAGUUAUCCAAAGAGUUCAACUCCCUGCUGAAGGAGGCCUCCUCCGAAAACAAGUCUGGGUCUCAGACCAGCUCUCCAGUCUUCAGAGAGAAUCCUCAGUCCACCAGGCCGUCCAACACGUCCCUCGCUACCAGACAGUCAGGUGGCAGCAGUAAUGGCAGCUCCAGCUCUAUGCCUUUCUCCCCGACCACAAACACUUUCUAUCCCAUGGACCAUGCUUUCUCCAGCAAUAAAACCAACUCCGCUCCGGUCUUCUCCACCGGCUCACUCUCAUCUCCCAAGAUCCAGAGGGAGGCCCACUCUCCACUUCCUCCAACUGGAUCUGACAGCUACUCGUUGGGGCAGCAGAGCCCCAAAAUGUCGCCUCAUACCCCGAGGCGUUACUCCCCCUCUAGUUACGAAAGGAGCCCGCAAGGCUCCAUCAGUUACAGGGAUAAAAGCCCUUCUCGGAGCCCCACUGCUGCUUCCUUCGAACAGCCACAUAGGUCCGCCUCGGGCCUCCCGUCCUCCAACCUGCUGAGCCCGUACGACAGCAGCCAGAUGGGUCGCAGGUCGCCUCGCUCCGACAGAAGCCAAUCUCCUUUGUCUUUCAAUCACCUAAUGUCCAACAACACGCUGCCUCGCAACUUUGGCGGUUUCAGGCAACCUGAUGAGGGUGUGCAGCAACAAAAGAGCUCUGGCAAGUGGAACGAGACGGAUCUGGACACGUCCUACGAGAAGAAACCUCACCACGCCUAUGACAAGACAGAGUGGCUACGGCCGUCUGUGCCAAACAGCAGCUGGAGAGAAUCCAACUUGGAUGGCCCUCCUCCGGCCUCAAGCCCAAAAAAGGAUCCUCGUUCUCCAUCUCUCACAUUUCCCCAUGGUUCUCUGCCCCGUAACACUCGUAUAGCAGUACCUCCAGAUGUUUCCUCCCCUUACCCCUCUCAGCCCAUCAUCUCCCGUAUUUCCAUUCCCCCAACUUCUACUCAGUCCCACCAGCGCAAGCCCAUCCCUCUCUCCGUCAUCAUGCGUCUCCAAAACCCCCACUGGGGAGCCAUGUCCAGAGUCCUGGGAGGAGAAGGGGGCAUGGCCCCGUACCAACCGCCUGUACCCAUCCCGAGGGAAUACUUCCACCAAACUGUUCCCCAGCCACCCGAGCUGAGACAGCCAGUCGUGUACACUGACGUGCUGAAGUCAGGCGAUAUAGAGGCAGAGUUAGAGCGGCUGGUCAAUGUUCAUCACAUGCCUGUGAUUUCGGAGAAUCCCAGCAUGCCAGAGGGCAGAAGUGACGCUGCCCCCCCGGCCCCCCGGCCCCUCAGCCCCACCAGGCUGCAGCCGGUGGUGGGGCCCGAGGCCCAGAGCCAGGACAUCCCGGACCUGGAGGAGCUGCUCCGCCUGCGGGCAGAGAUCCCCCGGGCCCUGAAGAGACGGGGCUCCGUGGACCAGUCCCAGCCCCUGAAGAGGGCCUCCCUCUACCAGCCCAACCAGUACAAAAGUCUCAUCAACAAGCUUUUUCGCAGGAAGCCAGGCAGCGAGAGCAGCAGCUCCUCAGACGGAGAGGACUUUGCUACACCUCCUGCGCCUCUACCUACACCCACCAUGCUCAGUGAUUUCAGAAGCUACCAUUCCAUCCUGCGGAGGUCCAAGCGGGAGCAGAAAUCUUCAGGGAGGCGAGCGCGACUCAGCCCGCUGGUCCUGCUGCUGGACGGAGCGCUGGUCGGAGAACUGGAGAUAGUGCAGCGGGCCGUGCAAGAGAUGAACGACCCCAGCCAACCCAAUGAUGAAGGCAUCACUGCCCUACACAAUGCCAUCUGCGGCGGCCAUUACAAUGUGGUGGACUUCCUGGUUCGCAUUGGGGCCAAUGUCAGCGCUCCAGACAGCCACGGCUGGACCCCGCUGCAUUGUGCAGCCUCGUGUAACGACCGUCCUCUGUGUGAGUUUCUGGUGAGGAACGGAGCUGCUGUCAUGGCCAUGACGGAGAGCGACGGCGCUACCGCCUCCCAGAAGUGUGAUCCUUACGCUGUCGGGUUUGAGGAAUGUGAGAACUUCCUUAGGGGUGUGGAGGUUGCCAUGGGGACGGAGAACAGCGGGGUGCUGUACGCUUUGUGGAGCUACCCGGCUCAGGCAGCCGACGAGCUGAGCUUCAAAGAGGGAGACAUGGUCACCAUCCUGCAGAAAGCUGAAGGCUCGGACUGGUGGUGGGCCUCGCUCUGCGGCAGGGAGGGCUUAGUUCCAAACAACUACUUUGGGCUUUUCCCGAAGGUUCGACCCAAAUCUCUCUGCUGAGUGGUCUCUUGAUGAUGGUCAAACUGGUGCAGAGGACUGGCUCAGGAACUGUGCUUAACAGCUUCAAACUGCUGUUUGACUGGACUGCAUCUGUAGCAUGAAAAGGCUGCGACGCUGCAGGACAUGAAAAUGGUUUUGAUCUGUCAGUCGAGGCGAGUUCAAGGAGAAGUCUCAGUAUUCAUUUUGGGCUUCACUGUCAAUCUUUCUAGAAGACAUCGUUUGUACUGGCUCUGCUGUAGGAUUUGUUUUUCUGGUAAAAGCUACAACUCUGUACUGUGCUAAACUUCUAUCUGUCAAGCUGUGGCUGUCUAUCCAAAGGUUACAAAAAGGGCCAUAUUCCCUGCUGUUUUUUACUCAGCUGUGUUCCAGUCACACACUGACAUUUCUGACUCAUCGGCUGCUUGGUAAGCCCAAUGCUCACAGUGGCUGUUAGUGUUCAGUCUACUCAUCAGCGAGGUCAAGGUAACUGUAUGCUGUCAACAAACACGAGCCCUGAUUGCUCAAUUUACAAAAGGGCCGCCUCCGUCAGAGCAUUAUCUAACCGCUCAUUACUGGAGCAGAGCUGUCUGCUGCUACAUACCGAGUGUAAAGUGAAAGAGAGUGGUCAGGAGUUGAUAUUGAGCUUUUAUUUCUUUUACAAUAUUUCUAAAAUGUACCCUUUGUAGAUGUCACUGUUUUUGCAAAUAGUUUAUGUGAUGGAGCCUGUGAUUUUUACAAACCAAAGUUGUUAGACAUUCUGCCAAUGUGGCUGCUGACUUUAAAUAUUUUGAACCAGCCACAAUUUAAACUUAACUGCAUCUGGCUGGUUUCUACUUGGCUCUAGUCUUUAUGCACGAUGUGGGUCCUUCAUGUCCUACCCCAUCUGAGGGUAAAUAAAUAAACCAUGCUGUGUGUUGUAAAUACUAUGAUAUAUACUUAAACUAAUUGUGUAAAAACAAUACAAACGCAAAUGGGGCAAUAAUAUGCGUUUUAAGUUUUAAAACAUUUUGAGUCCCCCCUCCCUUGCCUCACGGUGGUUUGGCCUGCUUUCCCCCUUUACUUUCAGCAGCCGUCUCGGUUGAGUUCAGCCGAUAAAAGGUGACUGUGAGCUGGGUAAAAGAGCACCGUGAGGGGACGGUCUUUUCAGCAGACGUUGCAGUCUAGUAUAGCCUUUAAAAGAUGACUGUCCUGCGAUGAUGACAUCACUCAUAAAAGUCUCCUCUAUAACAUAUAAAACGUCCUUAAAGAUCCAAGUGGUGGAAAGAAGAGUAUUGAAAAAUACUGAAAUCUGUGAUGCCAAUUUCCCAUUGCAGCCCAUGUUAAGGAGAGACACUACAGGUGAAUAGGGAACAUAUUUUCAUCAUGAACCUUCCCCUGUUGAUUAAGUUUUAUGUUAUAGAGGAGACUAUUUUUAUAUGAGACUAGAUCAGUUGAAAGAGUUUAUGUUGCAAUGUGUGUGGGGUCAUGUUACACAAUGCUUGUACUAUUAGUUAAGAUUGAAGAAAAAAAAAUGUGGGUUAGGUCAAAGCAUGCUCCACUUAAGUAGGACAUGCUAUAUAUAUAUAU